CCCUUUCUCUUUCUCUCUCUUUCUCUUUCUCUUCGAAAUCGAAACCCUAGCGCCAAUUUUGUGGACGCUUCCGGGGGCCUCCUUUUGAUUCUCUUCAACAUUCCCUGGUUUUGUGUUCCUCGGGGCGUGUAAGAUGGAUAUAGAACAGAAGCAGGCGGAGAUUAUCGAUCAGUUCGUUAGACGAUCUUCUACUUGCAAGGGGGAAGCUCUUGCAAGUAUCCUACUCGAAGCCACGUCGCAUCCAUCGCUCUUCGCCUUCUCCGAGAUUAUGGCUGUACCCUCUGUUGCUGAGCUCGAUGGUACCACAACUUCUGUAUACCUGGAUGUGCUACGGUUAUUUGCGCAUGGGACCUGGACUGACUACAAGUGCAAUGCUGGGCGUUUUCCUGAAUUGGUUCCAGAUCAAAUUCUUAAGCUAAAACAGCUUACUGUCCUUACACUGGCUGAGACAAACAAGGUGUUGUCCUAUGAUGAUCUGAUGCAGGAAUUAGAUGUCAGAAAUGUACGUGAACUGGAGGACUUUCUUAUCAAUGAAUGUAUGUACAUGGGUAUAGUAAGAGGAAAGCUGGAUCAGUUGAAAAGAUGUUUUGAGGUUCAGUUUGCGGCUGGUAGGGAUAUAAGGCCAGGACAACUUGGGAGUAUGAUACUCACAUUGUCAAACUGGUUUAACACAUCAGAGAAUCUGCUUGUUUCAAUUCAAGAGAAGAUAAAAUGGGCAGAUAAUAUGGGUGAGUUGGAUAAGAAACGUCGGAAUGAAAUCGAAGAGAGGGUGGAAGAAGUGAAAAAGUCUCUUUCCACAAAGAAGUUGCACACUGUGGGCAGGCAGAUGCUGACUUUAGAGGGCAUGAGGAGAUCUUUGCUGAACCAAGCGGAGUGAUGGAUUACGAAGAAGACAGAAGCCGGCCCAAGAGGAGGAGGCACCCAGUAACAUAAAAACAGUGAGAGAGGAGGGGAGAUUAGGUAAAAGGUGGGGGCAUCGGGACCCUUUGUGGAGCCUGAGGAAGGAGGUGACGAUUUUUGCGAGAGGGAUGGGAUGUUAAACCCUUUGGGCUGCCAAAUUUUGUUGUUUGGGUAAUUUAGCCUUUUAUUCCCUCUCCCCAGUGUACAUGCCUUUGUGAUUGGACCGGGUUUUCUCGAUUUCCUGAUGUAAACUUGUCGAUUUUGAAAGUAAGCCGCUGUAGUAUC